CUUAUCAAGAGAGCAAGAUUUUUGUGAUAUGUGCUAGCUAUUUCCGGUUAUUGUUUAGCAAUAUAUAUUCGUGCUUAUACUCAACAUCAACCAGAGGCAAACAAGGAGUACAAUUCAUACGUCAAUUGAAGUUCCAUUUCCGAUUAUUCUUAGAGCCACUUAGUAGGAUGUCUUGUGCAAGGAGCACCACCGUAUCAUUAAUCUUGUCACAAACGUUGUGUCGUUCCCAAAAGGCCUUAAUUCCACGGCAAGCAGCCGGCGCCGCAAUUCCUCUCCGCCGCUUCUCCAUCUGCCACUCAGCUGUGACAUCUCCGCCGCCUCCCAUCGUCAAUGGGAGCGCCGCUCCACAGCUUCAAAAACUGGUGAUUCCAGAGGAGAAGAGAGAAUAUUUAAUAGAGAAGACUAUCCAAAAACUGCAGACAAGCACCGAGCAACUCCAACUCAUUGACCACAUCCAACGGCUAGGAAUCGGUUACCACUUGGAAGAUAUGAUCGACGCCAUACUGCAGCUCCAAUGCUCUGCUUUCUCCACCGAAGAUGACCUCUUCACCACUGCCCUGCGCUUCCGUCUGCUCCGCCAGGCUGGCUUCCACGUCAGCACCGAUGUGUUGCUGAAGUUUAAGGGCGAAAGCGAUAAGUUUAAAGAAUCCUUGAGAGAGGACACGAUAGGGUUACUGAGCUUGUACGAAGCAUCAAAUAUGGGGGCUCAAGUGGAAGAAAUCUUGGAGGAAGCUAUGGAGUUUGCGGAACGAUCACUGCUAGAGGGUGAGGGUCGGGUUAGUGAUGAGGUGGGACGGGCCCUAAAGGUGCCGAGCCAUAAGAGGAUGGCUAGGUUGGAGGCCAGGCGAUUCAUUGAGGAAUAUGGCAACCGGAGUGAUCAUGAUAGAGACCUUUUGGAGCUUGCUAUUUUGGAUUAUAACCAUGUCCAAGCUCAACACCAAGCAGAACUUGCUGAACUUACAAGGUGGUGGAAACAGCUAGGGUUGGUGGAGAAGUUAAGAUUUGGGAGAGAUAGGCCAUUGGAAUGCUUUUUGUGGACAGUAGGGCUUCUCCCUAACCCAAAAUACUCAACCUGCAGAAUACAGUUGGCCAAGGCCAUAGCUAUUCUAUUAGUCAUUGAUGAUAUUUUCGACACCUAUGGCAAAAUGGAUGAACUAAUCCUCUUCACCAAUGCAAUUAAAAGAUGGGAUCUUGAAGCAAUGGAGACCCUCCCCGAGUACAUGAAAGUAUGUUACAUGGCAUUGUACAACACUACCAACGACAUUUGCUACACGGUGCUCAAGGACACCGGCUGGACUGUCCUCCCCUACCUUAAAGCUACGUGGAUAGACAUGAUUGAAGGUUUCAUGGUGGAGGCAAAGUGGUUCAAUGGUGGGAAUGCACCAAACUUGGAAGAGUACAUAGAGAAUGGAGUAUCAACGGCGGGGGCAUACAUGGCUCUGGUGCACCUAUUCUUUCUAAUAGGAGAAGGUGUAACCGACCAAAACGCCUCACUUUUGAGGCAGAAACCCUAUCCCAAGGUAUUCUCCUCGGCAGGGCGAAUUCUUCGCCUCUGGGACGAUCUUGGGACUGCCAAGGAGGAGCAAGAGCGUGGGGAUCUGGCAUCGGGCAUACCGUUGUUUAUGAAAGAGAACAAUUUGGCAACAGAGGAGGCAGCAAGAAGUGGAAUGUUGGAAGAGAUAUUCCAACUAUGGAAGGAUCUCAAUGGAGAGCUCAUCAACAAUAACACAUUGCCCUUUUCUAUCAUCAAAGUUGCGCUUAACAUGGCACGAGCUUCCCAAGUGAUCUACAACCAUCAACAACACACCUAUUCUUUGAGUGUCGACAAUUAUGUUCAAGCCCUCUUCUUCACUCCUCUUACUUCCUCUUAAUAUAUAUUUUUCUCAUCCUCUUUUAUUGUAUCUUCAAUACUAUAGAAUUUAAUUACCAAUAUUAUUUAUUCAUUUCAGUAAAUGUAUUA